GCAGCACCGCGGUCCUUUAGUGUCAGUGGGUAGAAGGACCAAUGUUUAGUUAGUGCAAUGUGGAUCGGAAGUGUUGUCAGGUGGAUCUACCUCCCUACACCCAGUGAAAUAGUGCGUUAAGAAAUGAAAUCUGAGUUAGUGCUACCAUCUAGAUACUCAUCCUCUCUUCAGUGUUAGUGAGAAGAAUGUAUUCCCUUCAGUUAGUGUUUGUUGGUAGAACCCUUUCCUUGUAGUACCUUCUUCUGGGAGUAUCCUUUCUGUGCAAUACUGACGCUCCUAACUCUCUCUCUUCUAAGAGUCAAUGUGGUUUUUUGUGGAACUCUCACCUUUUAGUGCCAAAUGAGUUGUGGAAUCUACCCUCACUGUAGUAAGUGCCACAGGCGAAUCUCCACGCGACGUAAUCGUAAAGUUUCAGAGUGUAGAGAACUCUGGGGCUGUUCUAGUGUUGUCAGUGCCUCCCCAUGACGUCCCCUGAUGAUCAUCCCUAGUAAUUAGGUCCACAGUUAUAGCUACAAUGCGACGACAUUCUUUACCAGCCCGCAGAAUCAGCUAUCCUGUCGUCUCGUUCAAACCUGUCCGGACGGAGAGCGAGUGCUCAUGUGGGGAGAGGAACGAGGAGACGGCGCGGCUGACGGAGGGGGGAGAAGGAGACAUGUCGCCCCCUCAGGACGAGGACAACUUGUCGUACUGCGAGUUCCACGACAUCCCGCCACCACCAGACGGAGGCUAUGGCUGGGUCAUAGUGUUCGCAAGCUUCAUGUGCAACAUGAUAGUGGACGGCAUUGCGUACACGUUCGGCGUCUUCCUCGGAGAGUACGUCAAGGACUUUGGCGAGGGCAAGGGCAAGACAGCGUGGGCCGGGUCACUCCUCUCGGGGAUGUAUCUCAGUGUUGGUCCAAUAGUGAGCGCUCUGACCAACAAGUACGGCUGUCGUGCGGUGUGUGUCACUGGCAGUCUCAUCGGGUGUGCAGCCUUCGUACUCAGCACGUACUCUCCCAACGUCAACACUCUGAUGCUCACAUAUGGCUUCAUGGGAGGUAUCGGGUUCGGCAUGAUCUACCUGCCGGCCGUCGUGUGUGUCGGGUACUACUUUGAGACGAAGCGGUCGCUAGCCACUGGCCUCGCUGUGUGCGGCUCUGGGUUCGGCACAUUUGUGUUCGCCCCGGUUGCUACCACUCUGCUGGAGAUGUACGAGUGGAGGGGCGCUCAUCUGAUCCUCGCAGGACUUAUUCUCAACUGUGCUGUGUUUGGAGCAUUGAUGCGGCCGCUGGAAUUCCCCAAGGAGGGCCCGAACUGCAAGCCUCUAUUGCUGCGCAUGGCUGAUGAGAAACGCUUCCAGAUGGAGAGAGGCAGUAUAGGAGGCUCGUACUUCAUAGUGCAGCUGCCGGACGGUUCAAUGGAGAAGAGAAUGAAGAUGCCCAUCAAUGUAGACCCUGGGGUACAUUCCAGCUUCAACCUGGACCAGUUAGUCCCUGGAACACCCAUCACACCAGUGCCUACCAUGGCUGUUCUGCCUACCAUCACAGAGGCUAAGAUUCCUGAACAAAGUGGUUCAAGCGGAAAUUCAGAGAGUGGAAGCGCGCCAGACCUGAAAUCUGGCGAUGCACAAUUGAAAAAAGACAAGAAAAUCGAAGAAAAGAAAAAAUCAGAGGAGGAAAUCAAGGAGCCUAGACUAAAGAAAACUUCUCUGACGGAGUUUCAAAACCGCCAAGCUGGAGCAAUUCCCAGAAACGCGUCACAGCCCGCCUUCACUAGUUCUACACAAGGUCUUCCAAAAAACGGGUCUGUACCGUUCUUUGACAGGAUUCGCAAGACGAGCCAAGGAGAACGUUACAAGCCGACGUUGCAAGCAAUCAGAGUCUCUCGGGGGAACAUGAACUCUAACGGAGAUGUUCGCAAAUCCCUCCACCUGCGCCUGUCCACGGCAUCCGUCGUUGGCAGCAAGAACAACAAUACCGAUGACAUGGGCAUCUCUAAAACAGAUAUGGAUGCUGAGAGCAUGAUGAUGUCCCGUAUCAGUAUCCAGGCAAGGAAGGAGUUGAUCCGUCCACUGUCACGCAAGGACAUCUUCUACUCCGGCUCUGUGAUGAACCUACCCGAGUAUCAGAGUCAGCGGUCGCUCGCUGGUUACCGUCAGAGUGUGCUGUCUCUGCCUCAAUACAGCACCAACCGAGUCAAUGAUGUUGAGAGAGGCCAAUCGGACCUUUGCCCGUGCCUGACGAUGCCAGACUCCGUCAAGUCAGUGUUACAGUCUAUGCUGGACUACAGCUUGCUCAAGAACCCAGUGUUUCUAUUGAUAGGAAUCAGCAAUGUCUUCGGCAUGGCUGGCCUCUACGUUCCUUUUGUCUACCUGGUCGACACAGCUAUUAAGGAAGGGGGUAUAGAGGAGCAGAAAGCAUCGUUCCUGCUUAGUAUCAUCGGCAUUACCAACACUGUAGGUCGUGUCUUCUGCGGCUGGGUGGCUGACUUUCCCUGGGUCAAUUCUCUUCUCCUUAACAACUUGAGUCUUGUUGUUACCACCAUUGCUGUCUUCUGCUUUCCUCUCUGCACCACCUACACCCAGUAUGUGAUUGUCUCCGUUGUCUUUGGCCUCUCGAUAUCUGCUUAUAUCUCCCUUACGUCCAUCAUCCUCGUGGACUUGCUGGGGUUGGACAAGCUGACCAACGCCUUCGGUUUGUUGAUCCUGUUCCGUGGAGCGGCAGCUAUCGUAGGGUCGCCUGUGGCCGGUAUGAUCUACGACGCAACGCUUUCUUACAUGUACCCAUUCUUCAUGGCUUCUGGAUUUUUCCUGUUGGCGACAAUCGCGUCGUUUGUCGCUCCGCUGCUCAAGAGCUGCGUGCCACAGGAGGAGCCACCGGUCAUCUUAGACGCGCUCACACCCAUAGAUGAAGACGAGGAGGAGGAGGGUGAGGGCGAUGAAGAUCACAACAUCCCUGAGAUCGUAGAGACUGCGCCGAGCCCCGUGGGUGGACAGCCAUCCAAGCCUACCAUUGAGAUCAAACAAAUCGAGUCUGUCUUGUAGAAUGUAUGUUUCUGUUGUGGGAGCUUUUUCCCCCUUUUUACUUCGGAUGAUCCAACUAGAGGUCACCUCCUCUAAAUUGUUUUUACAAUCAACAGGAAAUAUCAUUUAGGCGCUCAAUCUUGCUUUUUAAAGAUAAAGUGGUACAUUUGAAAAAAUUUAUGUAUUUAUUUUCUUGUAUCGAAUACUUUUUACACCUUGAAUAUUAGUUGUUUCAUUCAUUAUCAAUUUGCUAAAAGCAAUGUUUGAAUCGAAAAUCAACUAGCAAGAUAGGUAAGCUGUCCCUAUUGGUUCAUGUUAUUCUGUAAUAGCAUUUCUAUAUGUUUUAAAUAUUAGUUAUUCUUACGUAUUGAGUAAAGUGUCUAACACUAAUAAAUAGUUUACUACCUCCAUUAUAGUUAAACUACCUUAACUACAAAAUUUGUUUAUUAACUAGUCCCGUUAUGUAAUUAUUAGUAUUUUAUAUUUUUAUUUAUGUUCUCAUUACUUGAAUAAUGUUAGGUCUGUUUUUAGGCCGUUCAGGGUUAAUCGUGUGUAUAUUAUACAUUUUAGUUUUCAUAUCAAAUUUAGAGUUAAGGCAUGACAAAUUACUUUAUAUGAAACAUUAGGCCAUGUAUUUGUUCACCUCUAUUAUUAAGACUGUCACAAAUACAAAUAAGUUAACCUUACUUUAAGUAGAGCAUAACAUUUGUCGAUUGAUCAGUACGCCAUAAUAAUGUGGAUCGUUUAUUUGGAUUGUGAUUGUGCGAGAACAAGUUCUGUAGUAAAGAUACUUGAAGCACACCUGAACUUGACUAUCUGUGAUAAUCUAAUGUCAGCAACUUCUUCUUGUCAGGCUGAAGCUCGCCUUUAAUUAAUGCUCACUUAAAAAUUGUGUAACUUGAAAAUUAUUAUGUAGUAUUUUUCAAAUUGCCUUAAUGGAACGUUUUGAGAAUGUAAGUAAAGUGUCAACCAUAUUUUUCAUGGUAUGAAAUACGUUAAGGUAUCGCAUGAAUUUAGUGUGAUAAGAUCACUUUAAUGUAGAGAUAAACUCUAUUUUAAACAUAUAUUUUAUUGAAUUUCCAAAUUCAAACUAUAUUACUAACCUGACAAGUGAAGGAGCUGGAUGAAAUGUAUGUAUGGUUGGAAGGCUACUAGUUAAUUGCUGUGUACAUUGAAUGUUGUCUUUGAACACAAGACUCAUCAAUUUGAGUUCGUCCAAAAGCAGAAGCGUUAAUUUUGUGGUUUUUUUUGGUGUGCAAAAGUGAGUGUGAAGGUGCCAUCGAACUAUUAAAACAAUUUAUGAAAAUGUGUAUCUAUGUGUUUAGUGAUAACAUUUUUAUGACAAUAAUUUUAUUUUGUUUUGAAUUACUCUAUGUAAAUUUUACAGUGUUUGUGUUAGCACAAAUAGUUAUCGUUUACAUAUUAGAUGUACCUUAUCUUUUAGCUUUAUUUAUUGUAUUAUCUUAACUGGUGUUUGAGACAUUUUCUCUUCCAUUGUCAAAGAUUUGUUUUAAUAAUAAUUUUUUUACUGAGUUUAAAAUUUUACUAUUGAAUAAAUUGGGCCAAGCGAGUUAAUGAAGAGAUUUUUGUAUAAAUAUUUUUCUAGCAAUUCAGCUUUCUACCGAGCAAGGUUAGUUGAACAAAAGCCUGCAAAGCUUGAACAAUUUUUGCAUCACUGAGUAGAGUAAGAAUGUUUAGUAAAUUUAUAUUUUAAUGUGAACUUGUACAAGUCUCCAGUUACCAUAGAUAUUUUAACCGCUGAAUGUUGCCAUAGAUUUACUAUUUGGACCUGUUUUACUAUAUCCAGUUAGCGAGGGAUAAUUAUAAAAAUACCUACGCAAAAUGUUGCUGGCUUUUAGCUAUGAAAAUGUCCUAACGGUAUAUUUUCCGAUUCCCCGUAAUUUUUAUAAGAUAUAACCAUUUGAGGUCCUAAUCACUUGUAGCCUUAGAGAAUUUAAAACAAUUAAAGCUGUUGUUGUUGAAAAUUGUAAAUACUUGGCAGUUGAGCUUUGAUCUCAUAAACCAAAUUGAUUUAAAACUAAGAUAGGAGGAAUAUUUCUUGACCGCUGAAUUUACUGAUUCUUAAUAAUUCUUGUAUAUAGUUAACGAGAUGUACAUUAUUCCUAAUGUAAGUACUUAGCGUAAGGUUGGCUCCAGCUCGUGUAUAUAAGCCAGUGUACAAAUAUGUAAAGGGAAGCUGAAUUAAGAAUGUCUGCUUCUCUUAUUUUUAUUACUGUUGUUGUAUUGAUGUCUAAGGAUGCAUUUGACUUUGAAUUUUUGAACUCUAAUGCUUCAUGCUGAAGUAGUUGGGUUUUGUGGAGUUCACUAAUUCACAGGCCAAUAGAAGCGAUUCAUCAGGGUUUAGAGUCGAAAACAUUCAAUUCUAGAUAUUAUUUAUCUACAAAAUUUAUGGCAAUAAGAUUGUGUAGGUGUCUAAAAUUAAAACAACUAGAGUUUAAA